AUGCUGCUGUCUCCCUUUCUGCUCGUUUCCGCACUUGCCGGGCAAGUGCUCCCGGCCCAGGCGCUCGAGUCGCUGCAGCUCACGCGGCAGCCGACACGCCGUACCGACCCGGACGAGAACGUCCGUCUAGCCUGGGCCCGCGACCAGGUCAUCAACACCCGCCUCAAGUACCGCUCCCUCCUCGACGAGCCUGGCCGCGAGCGCCUCGCCCGCGAUGUCCGCCGACACACGGACGAGAUCGAGCGCCUCCAGCGCCGUGCCAAGCGUGACGGUUCCAAUGCCGACAUUGUAAACUGGGGCCGCGACACGCAGUUCACUGCGCCUGUGACGUUUGGCAACCAGGAAUUUGAGCUCGUCGUCGACACGGGCUCGGGCUCGCUCUGGGUGUUUGUCGAGUGCACGAACCAGACCGAGUGCGGGGGCGUGCCGCUGUACGAUCCGAGCAAGUCGGCGACGUACACUGCGCUCAACUCUGCGGGCGACUUCAGCAUUCAGUACGGCGUGGGCACGGCGGACGGUAUCUGGGGCCAGGACGCGGUGUCGAUGGGCGGGGAGAGCCACCCGAACACGACGUUUGGCGAGGUCAACCACUCGACCGAGUGGGAGGGGCAGGGCACGAACAUUUCCGGUUUGAUCGGGUUCUCGUGGCCCGGUGCCGGGUCUUUGAUCCAGGACAAGGAGUUUGUGAUGCCGCUGUGGUAUGAGCUCGCGAAGAAGUGGGACAACAAGGCCUUCUCGAUGUACCUGCAGCGCGAGACGGUGACGAUGAACUCGACGCAGGAGAUGGUGUCCAUGGCCACGCCGGGGGGUGUCAUCACGCUCGGCGGCUGGGACCCGACGUACUUCAGCGGCGACAUCAACUUUGUCGACUUUACGGCGGCCGCGAAGCAGAAUCUGGCGUACUGGCAGAUCCCCGUCGAGGGCGCGUCCAUCAAGGGCAAGGCGCUCAGCAUCGGCGGGGGCGGGAAGGACAUGCCGUCCCAGGCCGCGGCCGAGGUCAUGUUCGACAGCGGGACGACCUUGAUCCUAGGCCCCGCGUCGCAGGUGGGGCAGUUUUACGACGCGAUCGAGGGCUCGUUCGAGUACCCCCAGCCGGGAAGUGGCAACUACAUGUUUCCGUGCGACACGAUCCCGCACUUCGACCUGAAGUUCACGUUCGGCGGCGUCGACUAUCCAAUCUACGACAACGACAUGGUCGCGGCCUCCUAUUCGCGCGAGUAUCUGCAGUCCUUCGGGGGCACAGGGGACAAGUUCCGCGGCGCCGAGCACUGGUGCAUGGGCGCGAUUGCGGCGACGGAGGACUCAAGUCCGCCGUGGAUAUUCGGCGACGCGUUCCUGAAAAACGUGUACACUGUGUAUCGCGCCGAUCCCCCCAGCAUCGGGCUUGCGCGCGUCAAUGAGCAGGUCAACAAUACGUUCCAGGGCGACCAUCCCACCCGGACAAGACGGGCACGGCCGCGAGCGGAGCGAGCGGCAGCGGCAGACAAGCCCAGCGCGUCCAAGACGGGCGCCGACGCGGGCAAGACGUCCAGCGCGUCUGGGGGCGGCUCGGGCAACGAUGGGGAGAAGAAGGACUCAUCGGCCGCGCGUGUCACCGUCGGCGCGGCCGUUGCGUUCGCGGCCGGUGUCGCGCUCCUGUUCUAG